AUGGGGAAAUUGGAGUGUGAGGGAGAAGCUGAGGGGAGAUGGAUUGGUGGAUUGGUGGAUCAGAACGUGGGGAUCGAUGGGGCAUGGGCGAGACGGAGAUCAAGUGGUUUGGUGGUUGUGGUAGUGGUGGUGGUGGAUGUGGAAGUUGACGACGAUGCCCCGGACGAGCCGCGCGCCGUGGUGGGUUUGGUGGGUUUGGUGGGUUUGGCGGGUUUCGGGGCUGGGGCUGGGGCCGACUCCAGGCCAAGCCCCGACGGAGCCUCCGCUUUGGAUUUGCUCUGGAGUCUGCUACGACAAUGA